AUGGACGCUGCCACUGCUGCUAUCGUUGCGAUUCUGUCCGCCCACUUUAUCGCAACCCAGAAUGCCCAGCGUCAAGCGCGAAGCGUUGUUGACGACCUGAUGGAGAACAAUCGAAUGCCUCCCCAUAUUCUCUGCCCUACGAAUUACAGUCCAGCACGGCUAGCCCUGAACCCUGGCGCACAACCCUUAGCCCUGACCCUUGGCGGGUUCGGACGCGUGUCCAAACGGGCGGGAUCUUUUAAGGGUGCAACGUUAUUUUCGCGGAUCCAACCUCUUGAACCAUCGGUCGAUUCUACCCGACCCAAUUGUACAUUCCCACGUUGCGUGUCCUGCCGCGAUGCUCUGGUGGUUCGGCAUGCUUUUGGCGAGCGCCAAACACUGAUUGUAACUCCACCCUCUCUAUGGGAACCAGAAAAACUAUCAUUGAGAAUCAUCCGUAAAUUUCCCAUCGCACGGAGUGAUCAAACUUUGGUGCCUACUGCAGAUGGUGCACCUGACGAGCUGGUCAUGCCGAAAAAACCUUCAGUCACAAAUAACACCUCCGUCAAGUUCCGCACUGGGAGCAGUGAGCAAGACUACCAUUCUCUGACGCCGACACUGGAGAAACAAGAGUUAGAACGUGACGAAAACGUUUGGGAGACGUCGUCGGCGCGAUGGCUUGCGGUUGCGGUGUAG